ACUUGCUCAUAAUAAGUUAGCGAAAGUCUUACUCUCUCUUUUCCCCUUCUUCUUCUUCAUACUCAUAUAUAUCCCGCACCUUCUCUUCUUUAUCCAUAAUCAACAUCUAUCUUCAAUUAUUGUUUUCACUUUUCUUUCUUUUCUUCUUCACCUUACUCAUAAAUCAUGGGUUCUAGAGCUCGAAGGAAGCAGCAGCAAAGAUGGUGCACACAAACUCUAACGCCAUUGUUGGAAGGUCCUGAUCCUGAAAUGCAAGAAGAAGCAAACAAGAAAGAGAGCUCUUGGGAAGUUAUUCGAGAAUGGUUUCGCAUGCAGAAAGGCAUUUCAUCAGCCAACAACAAUAAUAAUCUUUCUAUGUCAUUAUAUAAUACUAAUAUUCCUCCUAAACGCCAAGAUUUAAGGCUUUUGCUCGGCGUCUUGGGUUGUCCUUUAGCUCCUAUUCCUCUUGUGAAUCACCCAACUCAUCACAUUCAUAUCAAAGACAUCCCCAUCGAAACUUCGAGUGCACAUUACAUCAUACAGCAAUAUUUGGCAUCAACGGGCUGCUUAAAGCAACAAAAAUGUGCAAAAAACAUGUAUGCAACAGGAACGGUGAAGAUGAUUUGUUGUGAAACAGAGAUUUCUUCAGGAAAGAAUGUGAAAAGCUUGGGAACAAGAACUGGAGAAAGUGGAUGCUUCGUUCUUUGGCAAAUGUUACCAGGCAUGUGGUCUCUUGAGUUAGUCGUCGGAGACAACAAAGUCAUCGCCGGUAGCGACUCAAAAACUGUCUGGCGACAUACCUCUUGGCUUGGCACUCAUGCAGCCAAAGGCCCCCAACGCCCCCUACGUCGCAUAAUCCAGGGGCUAGAUCCAAAGACAACAGCCAGCUUGUUUGACAAAGCACAAUGCUUGGGGGAGAAACGGAUAGGAGAUGAUGAAUGUUUCGUAUUGAAAGUAGCAGCAGAUCGUGAAGCCGUGGUAGAAAGAAGCGAGGGUCCAGCCGAGGUGAUUAGGCACGUAUUAUAUGGCUAUUUUUGCCAAAAGAGUGGCCUAUUAAUAUACCUAGAGGAUUCGCAUCUCACUAGGGUUCAGACUCCUGAUAACAAUGACGAUACUAUUUAUUGGGAGACUACCAUCGGAAGUAGUAUUGGCGACUAUCGAGAUGUAGAUGGUGUACUGAUCGCUCACCAGGGACGGUCAAUUGCGACGGUGUUCCGGUUCGGGGAGUUGUCCAUGCAACAUAAUAGAACAAGAAUGGAAGAAAUCUGGAGAAUUGAUGAUGUUGUGUUCAAUGUGCCAGGGCUUUCUAUAGACCAUUUCAUACCACCAGCUGAUCUCCUAGAUAAUGAAAAUUCCCCAUGAUCAUUGAUUAACUACAUUGUAACAUUAAUUAACUUGUAAUCUUUUGGGUUUUUGGGGUUCUAAUUUCAAAAAUAUUGGAGGGUUUAUGGUGUAUUCAUAUUUUGCUAGUGUAAUAUGUAGUUGGUUUACAGUCAUUAUAAGAGAAUGACCUUUGGGCUUGGUUCUGAAUAAUGGAUUUUUCCAUCUAUUUACAUGAUCAUUAUUUGUCUUACCAAAUUUCUAA